AUGUUCAGAAGGUGUUACACCAGACUAGAACCUCGCUCUAGGUUAGAGACGCCCUUCACCGAGUACUCAUAUAACAACCUUCGCAAGCGCUUCGGGGCUCUGCUUUCAGACCAGGGCUUCGACCUCAUGAAAAAAUUUCUGACCUACUUCGCUGGACGGAGGGUCAACGCAAAGGACGGCCUCAAGCAUGAGUAUUUCCGCGAGACCCCCCUUCCCAUAGACCCCUCCAUGCUCCCCACGUGGCCCGCCAAGAGGGAACAGCAAAGUGGGAAGCGGGGCACCAGCCCCCAGUCCCCAGUGGGAAGCCUGGGCUACAGCCAGCUGCGCGAGGACGACCUGAAGGAGGCGGGCUUCCACCUCGCGACCACGAACCAGGGGGCCUGGGUCCCGGGCCCAGGCUUCAGCCUCUAG